AUGCUAACGUCAGUCAUCGGUUGCCAUUCGGGUGGAAUGUUAUUUUCGCAUUGUGUUCUAAAUUAAACAACAAAAAUGAAGAAUUUCCCUGUGUUCGUGUUUCCCGUUUCUCUAGAGUUUUAUCUGAGUGCUCGUCAUACACACAAACAGUUAUUGACUGUUUACAAUCCUUACGAUUUCUCUGUAAAUUUUAAAGUGCUAUGUACUGCUCCGAAUAAGUUCACAGUGAUCGAUCCUGAGGGGUUGAUAGCUCCACAAAGCUGCAUUGAUAUUGUUGUGCGUUACACCCAACCGUCUGUCUUGCAUUGCAACACGACUGAGAAGUUUCGAAUAACUAUGUACGACAGAAAUACCCAGCAGGCACUGGGCAAGAGGGACAUCCCGACAAAAUUAUUAGAAGGUGAACCCAUAAACCCUACCCUGGAGAGCUUAGGGGACAGUUUCCACCCCCUGUCUUCUAGAGUGACCCCCCAGAAACAGGCGGAAGAACAUAUGCAUGUCAAAUGCAACCAUCUACAUCACAGAGAACAUCAGCCAGUGAACGUAGUGGCAGUAGCAGUGAGCAUAUGCUGCAUUGCCGCACUCCUGCUUCCGACCCAGCCGGAAACAGUAGUUGAAUCACAGUUCCCGGAGUGGCUCCACAUUGGAUCCAACCUCAAACUAGUGUUCUCCUUCGUCCUAGGGCUUGUCAGUAUGCUAGUACUACGACCAUAAGACCUAUAUUUUAGACCUAAAUUUCUGUGUAUGCUUUAAUACUUGUAUUCUUUAUGGACCGUUUUGAAAUCCUGCAUGUACAAACUUUAAUAUAACAGGGAUUGUUUUAUUUGUUAUUUGCACAUUUUGCAAAUUAUUAUAAAUGCUUUCAAAGCAUAG